GUCGCAUUAUUGCCAUUCAUCAUUGGGGUGAAGUGGACUGUACGGGAGUUGUCUAGAUAUUCUCCUAUUGCGCUAUGUGAUGUGGGGAAUUCGCGCAAAUUCCUGCAAUAACAUGCCAGCGUGGAAUAAGGCAAUGAUCGGCCUGCAGUUCGCAGGGCCGUACAGGUGCUGGAUAUCUGUACUAUACCACAUAGCACCGUGCUUUGGUACCUUUCGGCGACCCACCGCCGUGCCUUUGCGGCUCUACCGGCAGCACACGCCUUUCCUAGGCGUAACCCAUCAGGGCAGCUCGCCACCGCAGACACAAGAUGAGCUUGAGGCUGUAGAGGAGGCCAUGCGUGCGGCGAAACCGGGGAACGGGACUUCGACGGGAGCCCAGCAUUCCGACGGCACCAAGAGUCCUGCCCAGCUGGCUCUGGUUGAGGCAGAAGCCCUGAAGAAAGAGUUUUUGAAGGUCAAGGAGGAGGUUUCGAAAUACCAGGAGCUCUGUAAAGUAAAAAAGCAACAGCAAGACGAGAUUGACCGACUUCAGCAGGAAAAGGUGGAGCUCGAGGGCAAGCUUGCGGCGCUGCAGGGCGAGGCGGACGCUAAAAUGAAGGAGCUCCUGCAGGCGAGGGAAAAGUUGGAGCUCCAGAAGGAUGACCAGAUCGGCCGUCUUGAACAGGAGAAGGCGGCGCUGGAGGGACUGCUGGCAGCUCAGCGGGACGACCAGCAGCGGGUGGUGGAGGCGGCUCGGAUAGAGGUGGUCGAGCCGCUGAGGCGGCAGUUGGAGGAGCUGUCCGGCCAGGUGUCCCAGCGGGAGGAGCAGCUGGUUAGCCUGGUGGCCCAGCACCAGUCGGAGCUGGAGAUGGCGGUGGAGACGGCCAGGAAGGAGGCCGCUGAGGAGGCCGCGGGGCCGCUGCAACAGCAGCUGGAGGAGCUGUCAAUGCAGCUGCAGAACUCACAGGCCCAGCUGGAGCGGCUCGGGGAGGCCGUGGAAACAGCCGAAGCCGGGAAGAUGGUAGCUGUCCAAGCCUUGCGGGACGAGAACCAGCAGCUGCUACUGGCGCUGGAGAGCGCCAUCCGCCGGCUGGCGGAAGCGGAAACCAGUAGUAGCGGCCGGGCGCCACAGCAGCAGCUACAACAGCCACAGCAGCUGCAGGCACAGGGACCGUCAGGUUUGAUGGGCUGGUUGUUCGGGUUGUUCCGUGUGUCGCUAUACCAGGGGCUGGGCUUCCUGCUGCUGUACUACGCGGCAUCUAUCCUGCGCGGCAUGCCGCCAGAGCUGAACUUAGCUUUUGCCAUUGGCUGCGUGGCUGUCAUAACUUUCUUUACCUCUGAUGGUGUCGUGCGGAUACCUGGAAAGCGAGUCCUACGACCAGCGCAGCGGCAUAAGGAGCUUGUACGCCCUAUGCCCACUUGGGAUCAGCAGUCCUUGUGCAUUGGCGCAAGUUUUAGUGUGGCUGCGACAAACGGAACCGAUGGCACGCGACGUGUCAGCAUUGAGGGGUUCUGCCAGUCUGUCGAUUACCUCUUCGCAUCGGUUCAGGAUGCGCUGGAAAGCGAACUGGGGGGCGAGGUGCUGAUGCAGGAGCGACAGCUUAAAAGCGGCCUGCAUGAGGUGCUCAAGCUGACGGUGGCUGUCCCUUUCCUGUUCGGCGUUCCACCCCAGCUGGAAGUCCUCAAUGAGGCCAUUCGCACCGGCGGGGGAAUCGUGGACCGUGUCCGCCAUGUGUGGCUGAUUCAGGCGGGCAGCAGCCUGUAA